CAAGCCGGUGUUUGUUUUUAUUAACAAAAAAUAUUAUUACAGUCUGUUUGACGUAUUCUAAGAAGAGGACGCGAAAAAGUCUUAAAACAGCGCGGAGUCGGAUUACUGGUCUUCAUUUGGGAGGACAGAGGAGCAUGGAGCGAUAAAAAUGUUGGAAUGACGCUCUAAGAGGAUUCUUUAAAAUAUUUAUUUAUUUAUUUUUUCUUUAUCAUUUUCAUAUUGGGAUUACUUAAUUUACCGUGGGGAAGCUAUUGUUUUCGGAGACUGUAAGGAUGGACCAGGCGAGUAUCCUGAGGAAGUUCAUUCAAGGGGUUCACGCCAUGCGAACGGGGGACCAGAGGGGAGAGGAUAACUUCGGCAGUGACUUCAUGAGAUUACGCAGAUUGUCAACCAAAUACCGAACAGAAAAAAUCUACCCCACCAACGUCGGCGAGAAAGAGGAAAAUGUGAAAAAGAACAGAUACAAAGACAUACUGCCAUUUGACCACAGUCGGGUUAAAGUGACGUUAAAAACCUCCAAUCAAGACACUGAUUACAUCAAUGCGAAUUUCAUCAAGGGAAUGGAUGGACCUGAAACCUACAUUGCCACACAGGGUCCACUGCCCAACACUGUCAUAGAUUUCUGGAGGAUGAUCUGGGAGUACAAUGUUGCUGUUAUUGUAAUGGCUUGCCGAGAAUUUGAGAUGGGGAGGAAAAAAUGUGAGAGGUACUUUCCCCUGUUUGGGGAUGAUCCCAUGACCUUUGGUCCCUUCCGGAUCUCCUGUGAAUCAGAACAAGCUAGAACUGACUACUUUAUCCGUUCUCUGACAGCAGAGUAUGAGAAUGAGACACGACGAAUAACACAGUUCCAUUAUAUAAACUGGCCUGACCAUGAUGUUCCUUCUUCCUUUGACUCCAUAUUGGACAUGAUAGCCCUAAUGAGAGAGUACCAGGAGCACAGUGACGUACCCAUCUGUAUACACUGCAGUGCUGGCUGUGGGAGGACAGGUGCCAUUUGUGCCAUAGACUACACGUGGAACCUGCUCAAAGCUGGGAAGAUUCCAGAAGAUUUCAAUGUGUUUCGACUCAUUCAGGAAAUGAGGACACAAAGACAUUCUGCAGUCCAGACAAAGGAGCAGUAUGAGCUGGUCCACAGAGCCAUCGCUCAGCUCUUUGAGAAGCAGCUCCAGCUUUUGGAGAGUCCCACUAAUUCAGAGAUCACCGAUGGCAUGGAGGAAGGCAGCCCAGAAAAAGCAGGGCAAAACUCAGAUGAAGAGCGAUGGGACACCCCUCCACCAAAACCACCCCGUAUACGCAGUGGUCAGGUAGAAGGGGAUGUGAAGGAGGAGAUCCUGCAGCCUCCUGAGCCACGGCCCGUGCCCCCCAUCCUCACCCCAUCACCCCCAUCUGCCUUCCCCACCGUCACCAACGUACGGCAGGACAACGACCGCUACCACCCCAAGCCUGUGCUUCACGACCUCAACGAAAACUACAGCAAGUCUGCCGAACCCGGCCUCGCCUCAGCUCCUACGGCUGCUCCGGGCCAGGCCGCAGCCCCAGCUCCCGACCCCGUCUCUCCCACCCACUCCCCCUCCCUGCCCGAAAACCUGGAGAGACGGCUGGAGCGCAAACUGAGCAUAGAGAUAAAAAAAGUUCCCCUUCAGGAGGGGCCGCGAAGCUUUGAGACCAACAGCGCCCUCCAGCGUUCGCACGCCUUCAAGGUCCGCUCCAACACGGCCACCAACAGCAGCACCAGCAGCGGCAGCUCUCUGUCCGAGGACUCUGACACUCCCCCCCGCCCCAAUCACCUGCCCCUGCGCGCGGGGGAGCGGAGCCAGGCCGCCUGGGCGGCGCCCGAGCGGACACCGAGCCCGGCCGAAGCGGCCGUGCCGGUCAGGACUGCGCUCAGCUUUACCAACCCGCUGCACUCGGACAACUCUGACGUUGAGUUGGAGGUGGUGGCAGAUGGGGGAGUACAGGACGCUGAAGGUCACUCUAGUGUGUCUACAGCAAGGGGCACCGUCACCACGUUAAUGGGUCCACAGGGGGAACAGUCCCAGUCCAGGAAGGUCACGCCCAUGUCGAUCGCUGGGCACGGUGUGUCGGGGGAUUUAUCAUCAGACAGUGACGGGAGCGAUGAUUCCCCGCCGCCUCUUCCUGAGCGAACACCCGAGUCCUUCUUUCUGGCCACAGACCCUAUAGAUGUGAAGCCCGUCAGCUGUGCUGAAUCAGGUGAGGCUAACGACAGACCUGUGUCAGAAGGGGAGUCACCUCAGGGGGGGUUGAACACAUCAGUAAAAACAGAGACUGACGAGCUGGGAGAGAUGAGAAGUGAAAAGGAAAUGUCAGACACUCGGCUGGAGGCCUCUGUGGCAAACAGAAGCACUGCUGUGACUACAGAGACCAAGAGCACCUCAGAACAGGGAUUUGGAGCCCGAUGCGCACAACCCAAAGGCCCAAGAAAUCCUCCGACAGAGUGGACAUGAUGACCCAGGACCUCAGAUUCUACGCCAUCACACACACACACACACA